AAUUUGUACCCAAAAAACACAUUGACAAUAUUAUCAAGUGGGUGUAGCAAAAUAAGCCAAAAUAUAUAAUUAAACUCGCGAGAAAAAUUAUCCGAUGCCCCCCUGCCGUUUACGAUCUUCCUCCCGCGCUGAGCCGUUGCUCCGCUCGAUCAUCGCACGCCCGAUGAUACCCUCUCCAAUCGCCACCGUCCAUUGAUUGGGCUUUCCAUGACGACCCUCAUCUCGAUCCGCGACGCCGUCUCGGCCGACGGUAACCACGACGCUAUGUACUCUCCGGCGAAGGAGAAGGCCGCCAACAGAGGCACUUAUGUUUGCCGGUCACCUCUUCUCCUUCGCCGGUUCCGUCAAAUGGUCACUGCAUCCAAAGCGAAGCUUUUUCUGGGUAUGUGCGCUCUCUGCGUCCUCGUUCUGCUCACUUCCAAAAUCAGUUCCUUUAUGGGUUGGAACCCCCCCGAUCCUUCCUCUGUCUCUUCUUCUAGUGGUGGCUAUACAGUUCUAAUAAACACAUGGAGACGAAACUCUCUUCUUAAGCAAUCUGUAGCUCAUUAUGCAUCCUGUAGAGGGACUGAUGCCAUACAUGUGGUGUGGAGUGAAAGUGACCUACCAUCCGAGAGUCUAGAAGCCUAUCUUAAGGAGACUGUGUUGUCAAAGUCACAAGCAGCUGACAAGCCUAACUUCAGGUUUGAUAUAAAUGAGGAGGAUAAUUUAAACAAUCGAUUUAAGCCAAUUGAAGGCCUCAGAACAGAUGCAAUCUUCUCAGUCGAUGAUGAUGUAAUUGUUCCAUGUUCUACUCUAGAUUUUGCUUUCUCUGUGUGGCAAAGUGCUCCACUCACAAUGGUAGGAUUUGUACCCCGAAUGCAUUGGCUGGAUGAAGAGAAGAAUGGUGUUACAUAUGUCAAAUAUGGAGGAUGGUGGUCAGUUUGGUGGAUGGGCACAUACAGCAUGGUUCUGUCAAAAGCAGCAUUCUUUCACAGGAAGUACUUGGAUUUGUAUACUUUUGAGAUGCCCUCAUCAAUUCGUGAUUACGUAACCACAGAAAGAAACUGUGAAGACAUUGCUAUGUCUUUGCUGGUUGCCAAUGCCACUGGUGCCCCGCCAGUAUGGGUGAAAGGGAAGAUAUAUGAAAUUGGAUCAUCAGGCAUAAGCAGUCUGAAAGGGCAUACUAAAUUAAGAAACAAUUGCCUCAAUGAUUUCAUUUCUCUUUAUGGAACUCUGCCUCUUGUACCAACCAAUGUAAAAGCUGUGGAUGCAAGACAUGAAUCAUUUUGGUAGUUGAACUGUUUCAACUUGUUGGGCGUCUUGCUUUUAUUUGAUGCUGUUGCUGUUUCUUUCCUGCUGUAUACGUGUUUCUUAUUUUUAAGCACAAACUGUAUUUUAUUUGAUGCUGUUGCUGUUUCUUUCCUGCUGUAUACGUGUUUCUUAUUUUUAAGCACAAACUGUAUUUAGAUUGUGAAAACUGUUGCUGUUAAUUAAUUUAAUAAUGUAUGUAUUCUUCCUAGUUA